AUGUCCGCAGACUGUAACAUGGUGGAACUAUACAACAGUUCACAGCCUUCUGCUGAUUUGGGUUACAUCUUGUGUGACUACUGUAUCGAGAAUUCAACACCAGCUGCAAAGACAUGUUUGAAAUGUGAAGCUUCACUUUGUGCUUUUCAUUUGCAACCACAUCUGCUCAAACCGCCCUUUAACGGACACAUCCUUAUUGAACCUGUAGCUGACCUUACGAGCAGACAAUGUCCUGACCAUAAGAAACUCUUUCAGUUCUACUGUGAAGAUGAUGCUAUAAGUUUAUGUAGUGCCUGUAUAAUACUGGGUAGACAUAGGUCCCAUACACUGCAGAGCCUGGAACAGACACAAGCCUCUAUUCAGAAAGAAUUGCAGGCAGAGGUUGAGAAGCUUCAAGGAAUCCAGCAGAAUUGUUCCAGCAAACAGCGAGACUUGGAGAGACAUGAAGCUGAAACACAGACACAAAUCAAUGAACUGAAAGGAGGUCUACAGAAGAUCUUCUGUAAAUGGAGGAGAAGACUGGAAGAAGGUGAAACAUCCACAUUGUCACUAAUUGAUAAGGAGGGUCUCCGCAUUCUCUCAAAGAUUAGAAGCUGUUCUAAUGCCUUAAAAAAGAGGAUGGAUCUGAUAACAUCAUUAGACAGGGAAAACCAGAACCUGGUACAGAAAGACCCUGUCUUCUUUAUUCAGAACUCGAAGCAGCUCCUUUCCAGAUUGUCUGAGACUCAGAGACACACAGUGCCAGAUCUUCCUGUGAUUGCCCUGAACCUGUCCAAUAUAUCUGAACACCUCCAGAAGAAGUUGAAUGGAUGGGAAAAGUACCACUCAGACCUACUGGGAAUCAUCAUGCCAGCUUCCACUGAACACAUGGACACAUCAAAUGUAUCUCCUUUCGCACCCAGUAACUCUUGGAAAGCCCCUGUCACAGGGAACGAUCUCCAGACAUCGACUCAGCUUUGCAGGAUAGCUGGAAUAUCCCAAGGGAAAACCUCAUUGAGCCUGGAUCCAAAGACAGCAAACUUCAAGUUGAUUCUGUCUCAUGACCUGAGAUCAGUAACAUGGACUGAACAGCAACAGCCCUAUCCACCUCACCCAGAAAGAUUUAACCAUCAUCCCCAAGUCCUCUGCUCCCAGAGCUUCUCCUCAGGAUCCCAUUCCUGGGAUGUGGAGACUGCUGGUAAUAACUGGGGAAUAGGGAUUGUGUGCGGGAAUGCGAUCAGACAGGGACUAAAUGCAUACCUUGGCAACAGCAAUAAGUCAUGGUGUUUAACCUUUUACGCUGGUACUUUUCUCAGAGCCUGUCACAACAACAAGCCCAUAUUCCUCCAAAAAUUUCCAUUAAAUAGCAGGGUCCGAGUCCAGUUGGACUAUGAGGCUGGGACUGUGUCAUUUCACCAGAUUACUGAAUCACUGACACAUUUACACACAAUUCAAACCACAUUCACUGAACCUGUGUUUCCAGCAUUUUGUUGUUGGAAAAGUUCCUUAAAACUGAUUUAUUAA